ACUGGAAAGUUUCCAUAAUCACCAGUGACCUGCCAAAUUCAGGGACCAGCUCACAGGUUUAUAUUAUACUGUAUGGACAACAUAGAAGUUCAGCGCCUAUAUAUCUUUGUGGAACAGAUGGAGCUCAAUUUCAGGAUGGCCAUGAAGACAUAUUUACUAUCAUGGUUGGAGAUAUUGGAACACUCUUUAAGAUUCGUAUUGGUCAUACUAACUCUGGACUGUCCCCUUCCUGGCACUGUAAAGAGAUACAAUUGUGGAACAUGAAUUCUGGAAAAAAGUUUUAUAUACCUGUUCAGCGAUGGUUAGCACGAGAUCAAGAGGAUGGGGAAAUCUGUCGAGAAUUUCCUGUUUUAAACAAAGGACGACCCAUGCUUCCAGUGACAGCAUACGAAGUGCACGUGGCAACAGGUGAGCUUUGGAACGCUGGAACGGUAGCAAAUGUCUACAUUUCUGUCUAUGGGGAAAAGGGAGAUUCAGGAUCCAGACAACUGUUUCGAUCAAAGAGCUCCUUCAGUUUUUUAAGAGGACAAACUGACACCUUCUCCCUAGAAGCUGUGCACCUUGGGGAUCUAUAUAAGAUUGUCAUAGGCCAUGAUGGACUUGGCCCGGGAAAUGGCUGGUUUCUUGAUGAUGUUGUAAUCAAGGAUCCCACAACAGACCGCGAAUAUGCCUUCUUCUGUCACAGAUGGCUGGAUCAAGGGGAAGAUGAUGGUAAAAUUGCCAGAGAACUGUAUGCCAGGGAUAACAGUAUCAUUUUUGGGCGGCAGAAGCUAGAACUUAGUAGAAAAGAAACAUGGGCUGCAGAAAGAUGGAAGUUUAUGAAAGGAAAUACUCUUCAAUUCUACAACAAGCUCACUGGAGGGUUUGUCCGUCUGCAUCCAGAUGGCACAGUUGAUGCACUUGGAGAGAAGACUGACAAAUGCGGUCUCUUUGAUGUUAUUUUCAACAAAGGAAAUAUGUGCAUUUUCCAGAGUCAUGUAAUCAGGCAUCUUUCUCUUGCUGUUGACAACAGCACUGUCACUGGAAUGGCUAGUGGUGGAGCCUGCACUGAGCUGCGAGUGCUUUAUCAGCCCAACCGUUGUGCACUUCUUGAGUCAGCAUUGGUUCCUGGUCAAACGGUUAUUUUUGAUCGUCAUGGCAAAAUAGCUGCUGAAUCAUCAGCAGGCUACGCAGACCUUUCAAAAGAAUUUGUGGUUUUUGUCAAGGGCGUGUUCCUGAACAGUGCUGUGGUUCUACUUGCUACGAGUCUGUGCCAAGCCCUGUGUCUCCAGCCUGAUGGGAGCUGCACUGGAGUGGGAAGCCAGUCUGAGAAAUCCUACUGGAAAGUGCAUAAAAUCAGCUCUGGUAUUUGCAUGUUUGAAAGUGUGAAAAAUGCAGGGAUGUAUCUGAGGAUUAAGGAUGGCCAGUGUGAUGGAACAGGUACAGGAGAUACUGACUGUCAUUUUAAAAUUAAGAAGAACUUGGAAAAUGCAUCUGUAAGCCUGGAAUCUACGAAAAGCCCGGGGUUAUUUGUUGGACUUGAGUCAGACGGACAGGCAAAACCAGUUAUUUAUACCAAGAAUGGGAAUGUUUUCUUCUAUCCACACGUCGUCAAAUUUGGCAGAGAAAACCCAAUGGGUAUGUCAGCAACACCCAGCCAAGAGGAGGAAAAGAUCCAUGAGACAAAAAAUCGGCAAGAAACACCAGCAGCAUUUGAGGCCAAGUGUUCCUUACUUUCUUCAACUGCAAAGAGUAACAGAAAAUAGAUGUCUCUUGCUGACAACCUUAUGAUGCUAUCACAUCAAGCAGAGGGAAGAGAAAUUAGCCUUUCGAUUCUUGCUGUUGGAACAGGCCCAGUUUUAUAUUUCCGUGUCGUAUCAUGAAUCCCUGGAACAGUGUGACAAAUCUCACACUGCAUGAGAAACAUGUGCUUAGUUAAAAUUUUUCACAGAAGGAAAACUCAAUCUUGUGUCAGGAAGUAAUGGCACCUAAAUCUGGGAUGGCCACCUCAAGUAAAAUUUGACUUGGUUGAAAAUAACAUACUAGCUGAAAUCCCUAGAAAUAGAUACUUUUUUUAUGAGUAACAAAAUGCUGAAGAGGAAAACUUCUAUAUAUCUUAUGAAUAUUUGUCUCUUCUGGCGAAAACAUCUUUGAAAUGUUACCGUUGUUAAACGUUUUUAAAUUUAAGGUGUACCAUAUGUUGAUUUAAUAUUUUUAUAUAUCGCACUAUGCAAUAGAUAUAUAAUACAUGCAAUAUGCAACAGUGCACCUCCAUCACAUUGUGUAAUUAUAUAUUUCUUUUUUGUAAUGAGAAUAAUUGAGAUCUAGUGUAUUCAUAAUUUUAGUGUUUAUAAUACAAUAUUGUCACCUAUAGUCACUAUACCUUAGAUCUUUAUGUCUUAUUUACAUACUAGUUGCAAAUUUGUAUCCUUGAACAUCUCUUCUGUUCCCACCCCUGAACUCCAAGCCCUUGGUAACUACCAUUUUACUUUCUGUUUUUAUAACUUGAGCUUUUUUUUAGUUUCCACAUAUACAGGAUCUCAGAAAGUAUUUAUCUUUGUCUGACUUAUCUCACUUGGCGUAAUUUUCUCAAGGUCUAUCCAUGUUGUCGCAAACGGAAGGAUUUCCUUCUUAUGGCUUUCACAUCUUCCUUACCCGUUGAAAUGCUGCUGGGCACUUAGAUUGUUUCCAUAUCUUGGGUACUAUGAAUAAUGCUGCAAUAAACAUGGAAGUGCAUAU